GGGCCACCCUCUCGCGGGCUGAGAAUUCACACUGACACCUGAUUUGUCUGCUAAAUCUUGCAUGCAGAGAUGGAGUCCCCAGCAUACCCUCUGAAUCUGACCCUGAAGGAAGAGCAAAAGGAAGGAGAGAGGCAGGAAUGGGAGGAUGGCCCCAUAGAUAUGCAGAGAGUGCAAGUCUGCUCAGAGGGCGCAUGGGUCCCAGCCCUAUUUGAUGAGGUGGCCAUCUAUUUCUCGGAUGAGGAGUGGGAAGUUCUGACGGAGCCACAGAAAGCCCUCUACCGGGAAGUCAUGAGGAUGAACUAUGAGACGGUCCUGUCCCUGGGUAAUGAAUUCCCAUUCCCGAAGCCGGACAUGAUCAGUAGGUUGGAAAGGGAAGAGGAGUGUCCUAACCCUGAUGAGUGGCGGCUCCAGGGAGUAACCAUUACAGAAAAUGAAGAAUCUGACUUUAGGACUCCAGAUUGGGCAAGCCCAAUGAAUGCCACCUCCCAUUUUCCUCACCCUCAGCACCUUAACAGCUUUGGCCUGCAUCUGCCUCGGGACAUCAGUGAACUGCCUGAGUGGAGUGAGGGGUACCCUUUCUAUGUGGCCGUGGGCUUUCCAGCGUAUGACCUCUCGGCUGACGACUUAGCCAGCAAAUUUCAGCUCAGUCGAGGCAUGCGCCGCAGUUACGAUGCGGGGUUCAAGUUGAUGGUAGUGGAGUAUGCCGAGAGCACCAACAACUGUCAGGCCGCCAAGCAGUUUGGGGUGUUGGAAAAAAAUGUUCGAGACUGGCGCAAAGUGAAGCCACAACUCCAAAAUGCCCAUGUUAUGCGGCGGGCAUUCCGAGGCCCCAAGAACGGAAGGUUUGCUCUGGUAGACCAGCGUGUGGCUGAGUAUGUCAGAUACAUGCAGGCCAAAGGGGACCCCAUCACCAGGGAGGCAAUGCAGUUGAAAGCUCUUGAAAUCGCCCAGGAGAUGAACAUUCCAGAGAAAGGGUUCAAGGCAAGUCUGGGCUGGUGUCGAAGAAUGAUGAGAAGGUAUGACCUGUCUCUGAGGCACAAAGUGCCAGCUCCGCAGCACCUGGCUGAGGACCUGACUGAGAAGCUUGUCACCUACCAGCAGAGCGUGCUGGCUCUGCGCCGGACACACGACUAUGAAGUAGCGCAGAUGGGCAAUGCGGAUGAGACGCCCAUCUGCUUAGAGGUGCCCUCUAGAGUAGCUGUUGACAACCAGGGUGAAAAGCCCGUCCUGGUCAAAACCCCAGGCAGGGAGAAACUGAGGAUCACGGCCAUGCUGGGUGUCCUGGCUGAUGGGAGGAAGUUACCCCCAUACAUCAUUUUGAGGGGGACAUACAUUCCCCCUGGGAAGUUCCCCAGUGGCAUGGAGAUCCGCUGCCACCGCUACGGGUGGAUGACUGAGGACCUGAUGCAGGACUGGUUGGAAGUGGUGUGGAGACGGAGAACUGGAGCUGUACCCAAACAGCGGGGCAUGCUGAUCCUGAACGGCUUCCGCUGCCACGCCACCGACUCUGUGAAGAGUUCCAUGGAGAGCAUGAACACAGACAUGGUGAUCAUCCCCGGGGGCCUGACCUCACAGCUUCAGGUGCUGGACGUGGUUGUCUACAAGCCCCUGAACGACAGUGUCCGGGCCCAGUAUUCCAACUGGCUCCUGGCUGGGAACCUGGCACUGAGCCCCACUGGAAAUGCUAAGAAGCCACCCCUGGGCCUCUUUCUGGAGUGGGUCAUGGUCGCAUGGAACAGCAUCUCAAGUGAAUCCAUUGUCCAGGGCUUCAGGAAGUGCCACAUCUCCAGCAACUUAGCAGAGGAAGGUGAUGUCCUGUGGGAAAUUGAGAGCGAGUUGCCCAAAGAACCACCCAAAGAAUGUGACCCUGAGAGUGUGGCUGAGGGCAACUGAGCAGAGUCAGAGCUGUCUGUCUCCAUCUGCGUAUAAACACAAGUGGACAAAGGUAUUUCCUGGAGAAGAGACUACCUGUUUCCACCAAGAUGCACUGUCACAGCUCUCGUGACAUCCUUUCUGAGGAGAAGAAACCUCAAAUACAGAUGGAUACCUUCACAGAUGCCUCGAUACAAG